AUGGAUUUAAGGAAGGCAUUUGAUACCAUUGAAUGGGAUUUUUUAGAAGAAAUGCUUGCUGCCUUGGCCUUUCCUGCCCACUUUAUUAAGCUUAUCAUGAGUUGUAUUAGAACACCCAAGUUUUCUCUUAUGAUCAAUGGAAGCUUACAUGGUUUUUUUGCUUCAAGGCGAGGUUUGAGACAAGGAGACCCCAUAUCUCCUCUUCUCUUUGUGCUCAGGAUGGAAUACCUUACUCGCAUUCUGGGAAGAAUUGGUAAGCAUGAUGAAUUUCAAUUUCAUGAUAGGUGUGGUGGCCUAAAAUUGAACCAUCUUUGCUUCGCUGAUGAUGUCAUCCUUUUCUCAAAAGGGGACUACAAAUCCAUUCAUCUUUUGCUUAGAGGUCUGAAGCUGUUCUCUGAUACUUCGGGUCUCCAAGCAAACAAAAAUAAAUAUGAUAUUAUUUUCAGUGGGAUCAAAGAAGAUGAAAUGAAGCGCAUUCUUGAAAUGUCAGGCUUUGCUCAAGGUACCUUCCCUUUAAAAUACUUGGGUGUUCCUAUUUGUACUAGGCACAUUAAUGUAGCUGAAUGUGAUAUGUUGGUUGAUAAGAUGACAAAUCGUAUAAAAACUUGGAACUGGAAAAGUUUAUCUUAUGCUGGAAGAACUACCUUAGUGCAAUCUGUUUUGGUUGCUCUUCAUUCUUAUUGGGCUCAAAUAAUGAUUCUGCCUAAAAGGAUCAUGAAGAAGAUCAAUGCCGUUUGUAGAGCUUAUCUUUGGAAAGGAGUUUCAGACUCUUCGGGACCCGGGAAUAUUGCAUGGGAUGCAGUUUGUAGACCAAAAAAAGUUGGAGGUCUUGGGCUGAGAAAUAUUGAGAGAUGGAAUCUGGCUGCGGUUGGUAAAUACGUUUGGGAUGUGGCUGCCAAAAAAGACAAUCUUUGGGUUAAAUGGAUUACUUCCAUUUAUCUCAAAAAUGAAGAUUGGUGGAAUUAUAAAGCUCCUUUGGAAGCUAGCUGGUACUGGAGGAAAAUUGUGGCUGUCAAAGACCAAAUCAAGCACAUACCCAACUUACAUGGUGACACCACAGGUAAGUAUAAUAUUGUUGAAAUCUAUAAUGCUCUUUCUCCUCAAUAUUCUCGAGUCUUUUGGGAUGAUAUUGUUUGGAAUAGGGGGGUGGUGCCUAAGCAUCGAUUUAUUGGAUGGCUGGCUGCCUCUAAUAGAUUACAUACGAGAGAUCGCUUGCAUCACAUGGGCAUUAUCUUGAAUAGCAACUGCCUUUUUUGUGAUAUUCAGGAGGAAACUAUUGAGCAUUUAUUUUUUAGGUGCUGUUAUGGUGAUUAUUGUAUUUUUCAGCUCAAAGAGUGGUUGGGUUGGAAUGUACAAGCUGACAAUAUUAUGCAAUUAAUGAGAUGGGUGAAUAAAAGCAAAGUUUCAAGAUUCAGGAAAAUGGUGUACUCAACAAUGAUAUUAGCAGCAGUUUAUUCCAUUUGGAAUGCUAGGAAUAUUGUGUUUUGGGAUUCUAAAGUCAUGAGAAGAGAGAUUCUUGUUCAAAAUGUAAAGUGUACAGUUCAUAAAAGAAUAAGUAAUUGCAUUCCUGCCAAAAUUCAUACUGUAGAUGGAGAUUGGUUUUGGUCUUUGAAGAUUUGA